AUGCCUCGGUCUUUCCUCGUGAAGAGCAAGAAGGCUCACAGCUACCAUCAGCCGCGCUCUCAGGACCAGGACUAUGACCUCUGCCUGGAGAAUGUGCUGGCAGACAGCAAGAUGCCAGGGGACUCGAGCCCGGGGCCUUCGGAACCCGAGCCCCAAGGACCCAUCUCCCCGGAGUCCCAACUGACCGAGGCCCCAGACGCAGUCUCAGUUUCUCCAGCUAGCUGUGAGGGCAGCGUCUGUGACAGAAGUUCCGAAUUCGAGGAUUUCUGGAGGCCCCCUUCGCCUUCUGCAUCUCCAGCUUCCGAGAAGUCCGUGGGUCCCUCCCUGGACGAGGCGCAGCCUUUCCCGGUGCCCUUCAAGCCCUACUCGUGGAACAGCCUGGCAGGCUCCGACCUGCGGCACCUGGUACAGAACUACCGGCCGUGCCAUGCCCUAGAACGAGGCGCCGGCCUGGGCCUCUUCAGCGAGCGGAGUCCGGAGCCAGGCGCUGCGGCCACCCUAUACAGUCCGGAACGGGGCUGCGGCGGCGGCGCGGCCUCUGAGGGGGGCGGCGGCGGCGGGGGCAGCGGCGGCCCCGGCCUGGGUCUCUACAGGGACUUUGGUUCGGCCGCAGCAGGCUUGUACGAGCGCCCAUCGCCAGCGGGCGGCCUCUACUCCGACAAGGGCUCGGGCCUCAAGGUGGAGUCCGAGUUGCUGUGCACGCGCCUCCUGCUCAACAAUGGCUCCUACAAGUGUAUCAAGUGCAGCAAGGUGUUCUCCACCCCCCAUGGCCUCGAGGUGCACGUGCGCAGAUCCCACAGCGGAACGAGACCCUUCGCGUGCGAGAUGUGCGGGAAGACCUUUGGGCACGCGGUGAGCCUGGAGCAACACAAGGCAGUGCAUUCGCAGGAACGGAGCUUCGAUUGUAAGAUCUGUGGCAAAAGUUUCAAGAGGUCCUCCACGCUCUCCACUCACCUGCUCAUCCACUCAGACACCAGACCCUACCCCUGCCAGUAUUGUGGGAAGAGAUUCCACCAGAAAUCGGACAUGAAGAAACACACCUUCAUCCACACAGGUGAGAAGCCCCACAAGUGCCAGGUGUGUGGGAAAGCCUUCAGCCAGAGCUCGAAUCUCAUCACUCACAGCCGGAAGCACACUGGCUUUAAACCCUUUGGCUGCGACCUGUGUGGGAAAGGCUUCCAGCGAAAGGUGGAUCUCCGGAGGCACAGGGAGACACAGCAUGGGCUUAAAUGA